AUGAAGAAUUACUUAAGUGUUUUCUUUCUCACUGUGGCACUGAUCCAAACUCAAGCACAGGAUCGUCCCUCCAGUAUAGCGGAAUAUAUUAACAUACUUCGCUAUCAGAACACAGGGUGUAUAGGAACCAACAAUUUGGAGGGAGUGUGCCUCUUUUCUGGAGACUGUGAUAAUAAGCGAGGCGCGAAUAUUGGAGGCUGUGCUAAUGGAUAUGGUAUCUGUUGUCUAGAGAAAUUUACGUGUGGAGGAUCCACGUCUAAAAACGAGACUGUAUUCGUGAACCCAAACUACCCGUUUCAUGGUGAAAACGGAACUAACACCUGUCAAGUGACCGUUGAAAAGGAUGAAGAUAUUUGUCAACUACGACUAGAUUUGAUUGAAUUCAACCUCGCACAGCCAGACAAGAACGGUCAGUGUACAACAGACUCGUUCAUGGUUAGGUCCACAGUUGGAGAAAGAACUAUGAUAUUGUGCGGAGAUAACGGUGGACAACACAUGUAUAUUGACAUGGGAAGAGAAUCGGGAAAUCCAGUGGUUCUAAGUGUUGUUAGCAACGGAAACAAAAUGACAAGAAGAUGGAAGAUAAAGAUUAGCAAGAUCAAAUGCCAAAGUUUGGAUAUGGCUCCUACCGGCUGCUUGCAGUACUACCGCAGUUCGAGUGAGCUGGUACGGAGCUUUAACUGGGGGCCGCCAACUAAAGGGAACGUGCGAUACUUGAGCAAUCUGCGCUACUCCGUCUGUAUUCGUGUAGAAGAGAACUUUUGCUCCAUCAAGUGGGAGACACAACCCUCAGACAGCUUCUCGUGGGGCAGCCCGUUCAAUGGAGGGGCAGAAGGACGUCAGUGUAAUGACGACGAUUUCAUUGAGAUCUACCAAGGCUCGACUACAGGUCUCGUAGUUGGAGAAGACCGCUUCUGUGGCACAAGGUUGUUAAGCAAGAACGUUAUCAUCUCUCAAGUUAAACCAUUUAUCCUACGAGUAAAAAGCAAUGGAAACGCAACUCUGAAUUCUAGGAACUCUCAAACUGGAUUUUCGUUACGUUAUACACAACUUCCGUGUAUGUUUUGAUGAUAUCAUCGUACAACUUGAUCCUUUUAAAUACCGCGUGAAGCUCUCGCCUUGGUGUAGAAAAAAGCCAGAUACUUG